CCCUUGUCAUGUGUCAACAAUGAAUAAUGUGUCAAAGAUAACCUAAUCACAGUGUUAUGAAAUUUAUUGAGCAGUUCUUCAUUCUUCUAACCGCUUAAAAGUAAUGCAAUAAACUGAAACCAUAUAACAUUUGAAAUGUGCUAACAAAACAUGCAAUUUUUUGAAUAAAAAAUAUAAAAAAAGAACUCUAAACAAUGGCAAGUUCAAUGAUACUCGCUGGUCUUGGGAUGGCAGCAGUUGGUUUCGCUGGUCGCUAUUUGAUGAAGCAAAUGCCCAAUGCGUCAAUGAAAUUCGCUGAAGCUGUUAAAAACUUACCCAAGUUUGAUGCUGAAAGUCUAGCGAAUUCGAAAUAUUAUAAGGGUGGUUUUGAACCCAAGAUGACGAAAAGAGAAGCAGCUUUAAUUUUGGGUGUGAGUCCUACGGCUAACAAAACUAAGAUAAGGGAAGCCCACAGACGCAUUAUGCUUCUAAAUCAUCCAGAUAAAGGAGGCUCCCCUUUAAUAGCGGCUAAAAUAAAUGAAGCUAAGGACAUCUUGGAAAGUGGAAAAUCAUGAAUUUGUUAGUGAAAAAUAAUUAUGGUUUUAGUUAUUUUAAAUAGAUAAUAUUACCUGUUAGUUAAUAAAUGUGAUAUGUUAUAUGCA